AUGAGUUCAAUAGCAACGAGCAGCGAUUACGACAACAACAACGGUCUAUGGAAAUAUCCAUCUGUCACAUCAUCGGCGCAGAGCCAUUUGACAAGCAGCAGCGCAAGUGAUAGUUUUCUUUCCAUGGACUCAUUCGAGAAGGAGACAGCAGAUCAAUUAUCAUUCAUAACUCAAAGAUCAGAACACUUCAAUCAGUUACUGGACGAUUUAGCCAUUAUCGAUGAAAUAUACACGACAUUUGAAGAUGAUCAAGUGGAAUCAGAACCUUAUGAAAGACAGGUGGCGGAUGCCGCAAGGAACGUCGCACAAAAGUUGCAGCUUGUAAAGCAAAUGUGUCAAUUGGAGGAGCAGCAUAUCAAUGAGAUGGAGUACUUUUUAUACUAUUAUCUGGAGCCUAUCGAUAAUUGGAUACACGAAUCAUCCAAUGCAGACAUAUUCCAGAAACAUCCUGGUUUAUGCUCUGAGAAGGCAUUAAUUGACUUGUUCCAAAUCACAAAGCAAAUUACAAAAGCACAUCAAGAGCUAUUUCGAGGACUAAAAGACAGAUUAGAAAUGUGGGGCCCAACGCAAUUCAUCUCUGACAUAUUUGCACAUUUCUUCGAACGCACAGCAGCUUACGAGAAUUAUCUAAGCAUAUGCCCUAAUACAAUUGUAACAAUCGACACUCUCUACAAGAGAUCGUCGGCAUUCACAAAAUUUAUGGAUAGCUGCGUAUCGCGGGCGAAUACUCAAAGCUUCAAAGAUAUUUUAUUCUAUCUCAAAAAGCCCAUAAUGCAAAUAUCAAAUUACCACCUUUUGAUCACACAAGUUGCAGCAACAACAGAGCCAUCACAUCCCGACUAUAGAGCUCUAGUAAAAGUACAGGAGAAAUUCGUUCAGCGUGAGUCAGAGUGGAGAGCCAUCACAAAAGACAGAUUGGCUCAUGUUCGAGUGCUGGAAGCAAACUGGUCAAUAACCGAUAAUCCUGCCUCAGUUACGACUUCGCGUAGACUUUAUAUCACUGGCUUAUUGACCAGAGUAGACAUCUCAAAUCCACAAUCAACACAAGAUACGCGCACUUACCUAUUAUACAACGACAUUUUCAUGUACUGUCAAAAGAUCAAAGCAUCCAGCAGCAAUACCAACAAGAAAGAUAAUAAAGACAAGCUCGUCUAUAAAGGCAUCAUCAACUUGAAAAGCGCUGAAAUCACACCAUUCACACCAGAGAAUCUUGCCAAAAUAUCUAAAGUGAAGAAGACCUCUGGCCUAGGUUCAUUUAUGCGAAAAUCAUCAGACGCUCAAUCACAGAAUGCAGCAGAAGGCACUGUUGCUGUAUAUGGCUUUGAAAUACACGCAAAUGAGACUUCGUUGGAAGGCAUUACUGCGCUCCGAGGUGACGGAUUAGGCGUAUCAUUUCAUACAGUGCCAGGACACAAAGCUGGGAAUGGAAUCAAGCGAUUAUAUAUCAUGCGAACACAAACAGAAGGGGAACAAAAUGCAUGGAUUUCAUUACUUCGCAAAACAAGUGUACAAAUGACACGAAAAAAAUGA